GGCGCGGCCGGCGCGCUCACCUACCCGUGGCGGGACGCGGAGACGCGGGAGUGGCUGCUGUGCAGCCAGUGCCCCCCAGGCACCUUCGUGCGGCGGCCCUGCGGCCGGGACACCCCCACGAUGUGCGGGGCGUGCCCUCCACGUCACUACACCCAGUUCUGGAACUACCUGGAGCGCUGUCGCUAUUGCAACGUCAUCUGCGGGGAGCGCGAGGAGGAGGCGCGGCCCUGCGAGGCCACCCACAACCGCGCCUGCCGCUGCCGCCCCGGCUUCUUCGCGCACGCCGGCUUCUGCCUGGAGCACGCCCCUUGCCCGCCCGGCACCGGCGUGGCCGUCCCCGGCACCCCCAGCCGGAACACGCAGUGCCAGCCGUGUCCCCCCGGCACCUUCUCGGCCAGCAGCUCCAGCUCCGAGCAGUGCCAGGCCCACCGCAACUGCACGGCCCUGGGCCUGGUCCUCAACGUGCCGGGCUCCUCCUCCCACGAUGCCCUGUGCACGAGCUGCACGGGCUUCCCGCUCAGCACCGCGGCGCCAGGGGGGCCAGGGGCUGAGGAGUGCGAGCGCGCCGUCAUUGACUUCGUGGCUUUCCAGGACAUAUCCUCCAAGAGGCUCCUGCGGCUGUGGCAGGCCUUGGCGGGCCCAGAGGCCCAAGGUCUGGUGGCGCCGAGGGAGGGCCGCGCGGACCUGCAGCGCAAGCUGCGGCAGCUGCUCGCGGAGCUCCGGGGCGCACAGGCUGGGGCGCUGGGGGCGCGGCUGCUGGGGGCGCUGCGGGAGGCCAGGCUGCCUGGGCUGGAGCGCAGUGUCCGCACACGCUUCUGGGUGCACUGAGCGCCCUGCCCCCCGUUUUUUCUGCUCCCAGCUUUGGCCCCACAUGGGCGUCACCCCCAUAGCACCAAAGUAACCUCAACUGACCGACUAGGCUCCUGUUGCACUAACAAAAGUUUAUUUUUUAUAAAGCCGUUUUGUAAAAUGG